AUGCUGUUCAAUUUUCCAGAGUGUUUAUUUCCAAAAGAGAAGUAUGAAAAGACUCGGAUGCGUGUUUUUCCGCUGACUAUCUCGUGGAUUAGUAUAAUUUACAAUGCUAUUGAAGGGAACGUAUCAAUUGGACUUGGUGCAGAUGUGAUGGCAAGAGCGCUUAUUGUCUUCAGUAUUCAGUCAUUGGUAGAAAUGCUCUCAGCUGCGUUGGCUGUCUACCGCUUUCGUCGUGAAAUUCAAAACAAUUCAUCUAUCAAUUCAGCUCUUGAGAAACGAGCUAAUCUUGGAAUAGGCAUUCUCUUGAUGAUUCUUGCUUUAGGAACUCGGGUCGCCUCCAUUAUGGCUCUUGUUACACGUGUAGAACCUAAUUCUUCGAAACCUUCUCUAAUCGUUUCAGCUGCUUCACUUUUCUUGAUGAUAUUUGUCUGGUUACCUAAAUCAUGGAUAGCUGCUGAACUCAAUAGCUCUCUGACGCGUGACGAAGCAGCUUGUUAUCUAGCAUGUAUUUGUCUUACCAUCGUUCUUUUCAUUGGAAGUUUAGUCUACAAGCUAUGGCUUGGUGGAUGGUGGAUUGAUAGUGCUAUCGCUAUUGCACUUGAAUUUUUCUUUUUACACGAAGGAUGCGAAAUGAUUGCAUGGGCACGGAACAAGAACUUUAAUGGCGGAUGUUGCAAAGCUUGUUUUUCUCCUGUCAUUACCAUUUCGUUUUCGAAUCCACAUAUAAUGCCAUAUGCUACUAACUGUGGACAAAUAGAGAAAUGUGAAUGUUCAACCAAUAAGACAGAGUGCAAGUGGAUGGAAUCAUUUUUCUGUCAGUAUUCAAACAAAUCAUGCAUCUUUUACAGAUUUUAUUGUCUUUCAAGUGUGCAUAGUCUUGCUUAA